AUGAGUAGCGGGAAUGGAACCCUUAGCUCACCACUGGAUCCUAAUUGGGCCGCCGAGAGCAACACCGCGCGCAUCAUUGCUGUUGUUACCGCGAUCCACUUGCUGGCACUCACGAGCGUCGGUUUGCGGUUAUAUGUGAGGCUAUGGGUUAUAAAGUCACCGUGGUGGGAUGAUUGGACGAUCAUUUUGGCUUCGCUGUGUGCUGCCGGAGGUUGGGUGGUCUUUCUCAUCCAAGCAAACCAUGGUCUAGGAAAACACUUCUUGACAAUCAACAAAAAACAUGAUUACGUGGUAUACCAGAAAGCUGGAUUUUGGCAAUCCAUUAUUUCCGCCGGCGGCGCUUUCAUGUGGUUGAAAGUAUCCAUUGCUCUUAGCCUACUUCGUUUAACCGACAGUAAUUGGUACAAGGGCGCGUUACGGGCAACAAUCGCUUUCACUGUAGUCUACUGCGUUGGGGGCAUGUUUCCUUUCUUCCUCCACUGUCGACCCAUGUCCGGCUUUUGGGAUAAGAGCAUCAACCCCAAGUGCGCGGACAGGAAUGUUUUAGACCAAUUCGGCGUUGUGAACACAGGACUAAAUAUCCUGACCGACAUUGUAUUAGCUGCGCUUCCUGUUCCAAUAAUCAUGAAACUUCAAAUGAAACGCAGAAUCCGGGCUUAUGUAAUUGGAAUUUUAAGUCUGGGAUAUUUCGCCGUCGCCAUCGGCAUCGUCAAGGCUGUCUACCAGAUUAACGCCCACAACAACCAUGACUCAACCUUCAACCAAAGCGUGCAGUUUUGGGGUUUCCUACAACUACAAUUGGGCAUCAUUGCAGCAUGUGCUCCAACUUUGAAGCCUCUAUUAAGGACCAUACGCCAUUGUUUACAACGCAGAAGCCAUGUGCUCAAAGAUUACAGCAGCCAAUUAAGAAGUAAAUGGGAAUCUGCUAGAGGUUUUACCUCUAGUAAGUAUAGUGGUCGUAGCCACCACGACACGCAGCGUGAUAGGCAUCAUCAUGAGCUCCAAAACUGGACUGUUGCCUCCGGUGGCAACCAUCACAGCCUCGGUAUUGCCAGAGGCGAGACAAGUGUUACUGCUACAUCACAAAGCCGGGAUGCAGAUGAGUUAACAGGUCAAGGCUCGAUGCUGAAGGGUAGCAGGCCCGAGAGAGUGAGGGGCAUCAUCAAGGCUACGGAGGUCAUUGUCGAACACAGUGUCCGGUCAAAGGUCUAA